CUAGUAUUGGUUCUUUUUUUUUUCGUACAUAGUAGUUGCUUACUAAAUUUCGCAUCGCCCUGAAAACAUAUAAAGACGAUGCCAUUGUCUAGUUUCACUGUGGAGAAGGAAUCGGACGACGAUCCGCAUUGACUGGCUUGGAAUAGGGAAUGUUACGUACGUCGAUGAUGUCGUAGGGAUUAAAUCUAGUUUGCGUCCUUCGAUCCAAGGCCUCAUAUAUAAGAGUAGCAUUCCAACUCAGUCAAGAUGACUUGGUGUGACAUCCCUUUGAAGUCUACGAGGCGAGGAGGCUUAAUAUUACCGUAAAAGAUGACUUCCUUACUGACUAACCACUCUUGCACCGCGUCUACGUUCUCGACGCCGACGCUCUUCGGCGCCGAGAUCCUUUCCGUGGAUACAAACCUGGUUACCAACUACAACUUCCCCGUCUCGGCAGAUUGGCGAUAUACUCAGCCCUCCGUAAAUGUACAGAAUGCUACGUUCUGCAAUGUCACGGUCACUUAUACGCACCCGGGGUUGAACGACACUAUCAACGUCGAGACUUGGUUGCCCGUGAACGACUGGAACGACAGGUUAUACGCCCCAGGAGGUAGUGGCUGGACAGCUGGUCGUUUUAUCCUCCAGUACGCUGCUAUGGCUGCCGCCAUCCAGGAAGGAUAUGCGACCGUUACGACAGAUUCUGGCCUUGGAACCCCCCUAUCUUCUGAAUGGACCUCCCUAUCUCAGGAUUGGGUUGUUAUUAGUCCCGGAAAUCUGAACCUGGUUGCAUUUGACGAUCUUGGACAUGUUACUCUGAACGAUGCGGCUACCAUCGCAAAAGAUUUGAUCAAGAGCUACUACGGUCACGGUCCGUCUUAUUCUUAUUGGAACGGAUGUUCUCAGGGCGGUCGACAAGCCAGCAUCCUCGCCCAGCAAUACCCCACGGUUUACGACGGAAUUAUCGCCGCGGCGCCUGCGCUGUACUGGGCCGAGUUGAUGACCUCAUCGGCUUGGGCGGCGUUCUAUAUGGAUUCCACGAAACAAUAUCCGCGAGCGUGCGAGCUGACGAAGUUGACAUCCCUCGCGAUCUCUGCGUGCGACGAACUCGACGGUGUGAAGGACGGCCUCAUCGCCGAAACGGAGGAAUGCCGCAAGAAUUUCUCCGCGUCGGACUACAUCGGGACCAACUUUGAGUGCGCGGACACGAACACGACGAUGGCGAUCAGCGCCGCGGCGGCCGCCGUCGCCGAGAGUAUGUGGGACGGGCCACGGUUCUCGAACGGCGACUUCAUGUGGUACGGGUUCGAGAUCGGGGCGGACCUCGCGAGCAUCGCGCCCACGACGUGCAACCGGAGCGGGCAGCAGUGCGUGCCCACCGGCCGCGAAGCGUUCCUGCAAUUGUACCAGGGUUUCAUACUGCGGGACACGUCUGCCAAUAUCACGGAGGUCUCGCCCGAGGAGUUCGACUACAUGUUCCGCACCCUGAAGCGCAUCUUCAGCUCCUCGAUGGCCGCGACGGAUCCGAACCUCGCAGACUUUAAGAACGCGGGCGGGAAGAUGAUGACGUUCCACGGUCUGGCCGAUAACGCCAUCACACCAGCCAGCACGCUCAGCUACUACAAGCAAGUCUCGCACCUCGACAACACGACGUCCGACUUCUUCCGGUACUACCAGGUUCCGGGGCUCGAGCACUGCUUCGGCGGGGCGGGCGGCCAGCCCACGAGCAUGUUCGAACAGCUGCGGCAAUGGGUGGAGAACGGGACGGCGCCGGAGUCGAGCCCCGUGAUGAUAAAGCAGUCCGGUAACGCGACUCGGGCCGAGAUCAUAUGCCCGUAUCCCAAGAAGGCAGUUUUCGAGAAGAACAAUUGCACUAGUGAGGAUAGCUCGGAUAAAUGCUGGAAGUGUAAAUAAGAGUAGGUAGCGUUGUGUAUGGAUGUAUGGAUGUACCUAUCUAGGUACCUAAUGUAUCAAGGGGAACCUUGAGCGUUUAGAUAGAUUGAUGCCGGGAUAUAGGGUUGUGGAGGUGUAUAUCCCGGGAGACGGGUAUGUAGAUUUUUGGGUUUGCAUUCGUGUAAUUUAGUUUUUGACAUAAUACCUAAUUUGAAAGAUACUGAGUAUACCUUACGUUAGGUAGUCUUGUGUCGUGUUCAUAAACCGAUCCAUAGAAGGUCCUGCACAAAUCAGACUGUUGGUUUUUGAAGGAAAUGCAGUCAUUUAGGAGUCAGGACAAGUAUAUGGUUUGACACAAGUUUCUUGUCAUAUUAGGAAUAUUGCUGAUUUACUUUUUAUAAUUGUAAUUCGUCUUUCUUUAGUUUUCGCCCUGUUUUCUUCAUUAUCGUGUAUUUUAGAUAACGGCUUCGGUGCAUUUAUUUUGGUAAGCGCUUGUGAUAAUGCGUUGCAAACAGCACUUAGACAGUAAGUAAAACCUUGAGGUUCCGCAGCAUAACUUUUGAUUCAACGCACAAUAAAGGUAUUGUGUUCAUACAUAAUAGAAAAGGGGUAGUAUACAUAAUACACCUCUUUCGGGAGUCUUAGCU